AUGUCAUUUGAUGGUUCUGUUCCGUCCGACGAGAGCGAUACUACCCCAGGCCAUUCUGAGGUUUUUGCGGUCCACGCUUCCGACACUGAUUCCUCCACCGAGCCCAGCGUCUUCGACUCAAGCAGCGAGUCCGAAGAUGAGUCCGAAGAUGAACUGGUAUCGGAAGAGGAAGAGGAGCAACUUCCACCAGAAUACUACCUCCACGAAGCCGAGUCUCUUGAUGUCUCCCAGCUUCGACAGAAACGCUACAGCCCGAAUACCCAAAGGCAUUUGGAUGAUACGCAAUAUUUCUGGGACCAGUCAGAAUUCACUACAAACUUCUACCUUGCUUGGUUCGCUGAUUGUUCUAGGUUCUGCAAAGGCACGAAGCGCGAUCCGGUGGAAUGUUUGUUCUGGCUCUCUGAUACCGAGGAGACGGUCCGCUUCCUCAAGGCUCUCUUCUCCUGGCGGUGUGACCAGCGACGGGGAAAGGAUGGACGUCACACCGCGGGAGUGAAUACCAAAAGCACGCUCGACGCAUUUUGGAAGUGGUGGCAUCUGAUCUACAAGGCCGAGGUUGGACAUGGCGUCAGCAAAGAUAUCCAUGUUAAGAUCCGUGACGUGCUUGCGAUAGUUGCAACAGAAAAAAGCCUUUCUCUGAAAGGUCGACCGAAAGUGACUAUGUAUGUCGAAGAUGUGGCCGAGUUUGCACGAGUGGUUCUAUCUACAACAGAAAUGACCUUUCCUUGUGGCUGGUACCGGAUACAACUCCUUCUUUUCUGCCAGCUAGCUGCUAUCACCGGUAACCGUCCGGGGGCACUAUUGAAACUUCGCUUCCAGGACCUCAAGUUGACAUUAGUUCGAGAUCCAAAUGGUGGACGACCCCGACUGUUCAUUUAUUUGAGGCCGGAAUUCACAAAAACAUUUCUUGGCGGAAAAGAGUCGAACACGUUCCCAAUUCCGGAAAUCAUCUUUGAUCCCACCCUGGUUCUCAGUCCUCAUGUUUUUCUGCUGGGUAUGCUCUUCAGGAUUGGUGCAUUCAAAAGUCUGUCCAAAGACGGCCCUGUGAUGGAUUGCCCUGAGAAAUUGUACCGUCUCCGGGUCCUCCAUGGUCUUGGUGAGCAGGAACUAAAGCUAAAAGACGAAAUUCUCGAUCAAAAUGUGUUUUGCCAAGCACUACGGGAGCCUGGUGGGAUUCGAAUUGCAACAGAAGAAAAACUUACCAAGGGAUGGCUGAGUUACCGAAUGAAACGAGGUGGUGAAAUUACAGGUUUCGCGGAAGUCGCGAAGCCCUACUGCCUCCGAUACGGCGCAGCAAAAGCGUUCAACGAUAGCCCGGAUGUGUCCAGUGAACUACAGAACGUGAUGCUGCAGCAUGCCAGUAUCGAUACUUUUGUUCGGCACUACAGCGUGGGUAUUCAUGUAGAUGCCCAGGCAAUUGUACGGGGCAUGCCCGCUCAGAAGCAGCUCAUGCGGUUUGCCUCCUCGAUGAGUCGGUCUAUUGAUCCCCGCAGACCAUAUCGGCUAGAGGAUUCGAGCUGUAUCAAUGAAAUUCCCCGUGUCCGCACUCUGGAAGAAAGGAAGCAGGCGCGGAAACAAGUUCGAGAUGCUAAGAAGCGCACCUAUGAAGAUGCCCAGGCUGCAUUGCAACGGGAGUUUGGUGAUGAUCUUUUGCGGAGGGACUCCCCUCAUCUCGGAAAGAUCCAGAAGCGACGGAAAGCUCAAGAGAAAAGUGUCAAAAAGUUGCGCCAAAAAUUGGAUCAUGCAGACGAGCAGUAUGAUCGAUCAGUCAAGCAACUACGGAACGAGAAAGGGCGACAACGGCACCGCUUGAUUCGUGAGAACCUGGAGCGUUACAAGAACGAGCAGCCAGUGAUCGACAGUGAACGCCAACUUUCCGGAAAGGUUGUUGACGAAGAAGUAUUGGUUGCGCUGGAGCGAACAGGCUACAUGACACCGCAGCAUAUGACAAUUAUCGACACUGUCCUGACGAUGCCAGGUACGACGAUUGAGAAAGAAUAUGAGCGUCGAAUUGCUGCAAUCAAUGCAGUGAUUGCGCUCUGUGAUGCAGAAGAGGGUGCACCCUCGCGGUCUCGUGUCGCCCGAAAACGCUCCGCCGAUGCUGGCGAUAUGCUACCGACUGCCCCCCCUGCCUAA